AUGACAGAGAACGAGCCUCCCGCCCUUGGUGUGCACGACGAUGGCCGAGCCACGCGGAGCCGCCGCAUCAUGGGCAAGCUAUUCGGCCGCGACCGCGAUCGAAAGGCAACCCGCGACGACGGCGACCUGAACGACUUCUUGCACGGAUCCACCGACAAGUUGCAGGUCACUCACCCCGUGCCGCCGGUGCUGACCAGGCUCGACACCAAGACCGCCCCCCGAUACCCCAAUGCCCACAACGUCAACACCGGCAGCGAGACCAAGACGGAGUACGCUGUACGGCCGCGCGACCCCCCGGCAAGGAUCAAGAAGGGGAAGGGGCUGACCGUGAGUUUUGUGAAUUCAAACCCGGAUGUCAUUGGGGAUGGCGGCGACGAGUGCGAGGUUCCCACAGUCGAGAUAUCGAGACGCAAGAAACAAAGACCUCAACCCAGCCCCUCCUCCUCCAUGGCGCCGCCUGGCCGACCUGCAAACCUCGGAGCUGGCUCUCAAAACCCAUUCGCAGACCCACCCGGACAACCAUCGUCGAGGGACGCACGGUUGAGCCCGGGGUUACGGCGCACCCAGACUGGGAUGGCACCGAGUCCCGGUCCUCCGGGCUCGGGAUUGACGCCGGGAGCCAACACAGGUCGCCGAUAUCUGGGCAUGCCUGCCGCUCAAGACGACAAACGUAGAUCGUUUAUCGAGGUACAACAGGCCCAAAUGCGAGAAGCUGAAGGACGAGCCUUUGCAAACGCCGUACGGUCGGCGUCGGGAGACCAGUCUAGGCAAAACGACCGGGCAAAUUCCUCACCCACAUCGCCCAUCCAGGAGAUGGAAUCGCCCAUCACCGCAUCACCAGAUUCAAUGAAUCCUCCCCAGCUACAGUCACCUGCGCAUUUCGCAAACGCUCCCCCAAUCCCCGCUAAGGCACAGCGCGCGCCACCUCCGAUGCCGCCGCCUUCCCGAGAACCACGAGAAUCACCCCCAUCGCAGAAUCAGUACACCCUCACUAGUCAACAGUCCAACUCGCCCGACCGGCUGAACAGGACGCCGAAGACGGAGAACAGCCCCGGUACCCUCUACUCGGCCGCUUCAAACUUUCACCGCCCGUUUGGGGCAACAAGACAAGAGACCAGUGUCCUGGAGAAGGGCUAUGGCUCGCCUGUCCAACAACAGGGGGGGUCAAGUUUCCAAGACGUUGUAGCGGCUGCCUCGGACGACGCUAUGAAUGCGUUUGUGACGCGCACCCGCCAUUUGUUCGAGCUGUUUCGCCUUCAUGGUGAGAGUGUGCGGUCAUUGGCCGCGUCUACACCCCAGGACCUCGCGCGGGCGGCUCUAUGGUGGUUUUUGAUCGGCCGGACAGCGCUGGAGGUUGCCAUCCGCGACCGGCCCUCUACCCCCGAAUCCCAGAUGAAAAAUGACAUGGCGAAGCAGCAAGCAUAUGCCGAUCUGGCUAAGAGCUACUGGCUCUUGGAAGAAGCUAUGACCGAAGUUGUCAAUAGCGGCCGCAGUCCGGUUGACAAGGAAGCAGAGGGCGUCCGGACCACAAUCGUCUCCAGCCUCCGAAAACUAGCCGUAUCGAUGAAGCGGAACGGCUUUCUGCCGCCCGAGGAAGCAUUCCUCCCCCAAACUGUUGACAGAACGAUUUGGCUCGACUAUCCACCCUUAUCCCAAGACAUCACAUCUCUGCUUUGCGGUUCGAGUUCUGCUCUUGCCCAGAGUCACACCUCCGGGAUGACGAUACUGGAGACGUUGCCGUUGGCUGACACGGCGACCACUUUCUGCUUCGCCCGCUUCCAGGUCGAUGCGUUCCUGAUGGAGCAGGGGCGAGAAUCACGGCGACUCUACCUCCCAUGCUUCCUAUCGACUGUCAGGCCGCAGACGCAGCCUGACAUACUGUUCAUCCUCGCCAGCCAGAACGGGGCGGUGCAGCUUCGGAUAUCCGGAAACAAGAACACAGGUCCGUGCUGGGACGAGGUCCGCUGGCGUCCAGAAAAUUGCAACCUGGAAAUCAAGUUGCCCCGGGGAUUCAUCCUGAUCGUGCAGUGCUCACAGCAAGCAUAUUCCACGCUGCGGAGCAUGUACGAAUUUAGCGCAAAGGUUCACUCCAGUCUCUACCCAAGGCAAGACGAGAGCUGCAUUUUCAGGUCAACCCUCCGGGCGUUCCAGUACUUUGACAACGAUCCACAGUCAAGGCAGUUCCCGAAAGAAUCGACUCUCAACUGCGAGAUCGCCUUGUUUGAGCGCCUGUUUAGAGAGGGCGCGGCCACGGGUCCUCGCACUUACCACAAAGGGUACCGUAUCGCCGUUGUCACAGGUCCGCGGACCAAGACCCUGAGUGGUGUCAACCAGAUGUACCUCCCUCAAGCUCCCAUACAAUUCGGGUUUCUGCGAAGCGAGGCCAAUGACCCUGCCCUCUCACUAAAGUUCGAGAACGGCCGAUUCAAAGGUAACAUGGUGCUAUCGUUUGCCGACGAGGCGGAAAGGCUGCGAAUGCAUAGUCUACUCAUAGGAACUGCCCUGGACCGGGGCGAGAGUGUUUCUGGUGAGGCGCCCCUGCAGGGAGUCUGGUUCUCGGAGAGGUACGGCGAUGCCGGUAACAAGGGCCUACAGGCCCUGUCCGCUCUGGCAUGGAACAAAGUUAGGGUGAUCAAUUACGACAAUGACGGCGACAGGCCCUCGUGCGUUCUCGCCGAUAGGCUCCGCGUGGUCUACGAGUUCAAAGAAGGCACCCUUACCGACCGUGUCAACGUCGCCCCGGGCGAACUAAAACUCCGCCUCGACGUACAAAACCCGAGCUGCCUGAUGGUCUUCCGCCAACCCCAGUCCGACAUCACCCUCGCCGUUACCGAAGCCAACUCGGCCCGCAAUCUGUCUGGCGGCCUUACACAGGCCCUUGAAAGCGUCAAACAGUCCGCCACUAUCCGCACCUUCAUGUUCCCCAACAUCAAAGAGCUCCACGCCUUCGAAACAGCCAUCACGGGCUUCCAGGUGCUCUUCGACGGCACCGCCGCCGCCUUCGCCAUCUCGCGCCGCCGCAUGGUCGUGCCGAUCCACAAGAAGUGGGAGGCAGGCGCGACGAGGAUCCAAGUGGUGCAGCAGGACGGUGUGUCCCAGCUGCUGGCCUUCUUCGAGGACUUCAGCCACGGCAAGUGCAUGGGGUUCCACCUCAAGGGGACCGACGUCUUCGAGUCGUUCAACCGGAGCGGAAAGGCCGGACUUAAGAUCGACGAUGCCAAGUUCCCGCUGCCUAGGACGCUCGCGCCGGAUGCUGACAGCGCACAGCAGGCGGCCGACGCGGCGUUCCUGUGCCUGGAUCUGCCGGAGCUGCCGGGGGAGCAUGACGAUAUCUCCAUCCUAUUUGACAAUGAGGCGGAGCGCGAUAGGCUCGUCGCUUGCCUCCCGGCGCCAGUUAAAGCACCGCGGCUACCGAAAAUCAAGGGGAUGUCAUGA